AUGUCUUGUGGCCAGGUUGCUGCGAUCAGUACUACUGUUUCUGAUAGGAAAAGCGGUGGCGAUGGAGAUGAAACCAAGGUAAAUCCUCCGGCAGAGUUUCCCUUUCCUUUCAAGGCGUACGAUCUCCAGCGAGACUUUAUGAGACACUUGUUCGAAUGCAUUGAACAUGGGAACAUGGGGAUCUUUGAGAGCCCCACGGGGACGGGGAAAUCAAUGAGCUUGAUAUGCGGUUCGCUUGCCUGGCUGAAGGCAAAUCGUAGCCGGCCGAUUGCGAAAGCAAAGGUGACAAACAACACAGAUGAAUUAGACUGGGUGUCUGAGUUCACGCCACAACAACCAUCGCCUGCGAAACAGCCUUUGCACCCAUUCCGUGGGCCGUAUGGACCGCCUGCGAAGCGACAGAGAACAGAGCAUUCCAAAGCCAGUUUGGAGAACAUUCUAGAAGACAGUGUAGACGUAGAUACAGCUUCUGUAGGUAAGUUAUCACUUUAA